AAACACCAAUAAUCAAAAAAUUUUCUCUUUUUUAACGAUGGCGCUCUCUUAGUUUUUUAAAUGAAAAACAGAGACAUGCAUAAUCGAGUGUUAUAAAUAUUCGCAAAGGAUAUGUUAAUGUCACACACAUUUUUAUAUGGUUAGGAGUAUAUUUGGUAAAAGAAUUUUUUUCUCGGAAUAGGCUGAGUGAUCGCGCAAACAGAAUUGUUGAGGAUCUGCCUUUAGAUUGUCUUUUUAUGCAGCUGAGUUUUCGAAUUGCCAUUAGUACGCUCGAAGACCUCGCGGAUGUCAGUUGUUUCCGAUUAUUUCAGUCUCCAGGCAUUUUGUUUACUUGAAUGUUUAAUGAAUAACAGUUUGAAAUCCCAGGUUACAAGGAAUUGAGGAAUUUCUUAUUAAUGAGAGAUUCGAAAUAAUCGAGUUAAUUCUGUCAACAAUAUCGAAGCAACAACGAUAUAAAUCAGAUACGCCUAACCAAUCAUCAUGAUUACCUGUUCAAAGCUCCUGAUUAUAAAGAUCAGCGAAUUGGCUCUAGUAGCAAUCAUCCUGGCGAUCCACGUGAACGAGCCUUUCUGCAAUCCAGAGGACAAGUUCUUGUCAGCGGGUACUGAAGUCGCUUAUUUAAUCAUUCUGGUCGGUCUUUUUGCUGGGGGUUGGGUGGGAACACCCGUCCAUCGUAAUGUGGAUUUAUUUUUCCUCGUAAUUGGGUGUGGCCUCUUCAUCGCUUCCGGUGCGACGACCAUCGACCUCUGGACCAGAGUCGUGUUCAGGGACAAAUACCGUGACAUGGCCCUUGCCAGGGCCUCACUAUCUAUUCUCGAAGGGGUUGUUUUUCUCAUCGACACUUUCUUCACGUACCGGGGCGAAAAGUUCGUUCGAUAGUUCGAUAGAGGAAAAUAUAUCGAAGAAAACUGCACUGAGUAAUUUAAGGGCAUUACGAGUAAUCUAAUGAAACACAAAGUAUUUUUGUAAUGACUCAUCGGUGAUGCUCAUUGUUGUUUCAUCAUUCGUUAUGACUUCUGUUGAUGUGUAUUCAGAGAUUUAUUCCACCUCCCACAAAUUCAUUUGCAGUGGACAGAUAAGAGAAAAUAAUUAAUUUUCAUUUAAUAAUUACAAGACGUGUACCAAGCACAAGCUUUAAUACGAAAUAAGUGGAAAUUAAUGUUCUAUAAUUUCAUUAAUUCAAAACAAAGAAAAAUCAGGGAUUUUGGAGUUUUGUCACAAUAUUCACGAAUUGACACUUCAUUAAAAUAUUGACUACUUCAAUUACCACGUGACUAAAAAAA